AACGCCGCCUCACACACUCCACACUCCACACUCCACACCUACUUUACGGCCCCCCGAGUCCCGAGUCCCGAGCCCCGUUAUGUCUUUGACCCCACCAGCAUCGGCUACAACGCCAAUGGCGGCGGUGUCGCUUACUACCACGACACACAACGCGUCCGUCGGAACGGCCUCAAAACGGCCUCCACCCCCGUGUCCUUGGUCGGGACCAGCACAUCUCCAGUCGUUGCUCCUGCUGCAGAGGAGGCUGCUGCUGGAGCUGCUGGUGCUGCUGCUCACCCAGUGCCUCCGGGAGGCACACAAGCACCAACAUCUGGAGCGAUGGACAAGUUUGUGCAGCCAUAUGUUCCAGGGAGUAAUGAGGCUGCGCACAUCUUCGUCUUGGCGAACAAGCCUGCAGCCGCUGCCGCCGGUCGCCAGCGGAGGAGUGUUGCUGCGGCUCCGGCCACGGGAGCAAGUGACAACAGCACAGGCAAGCGAUCUCGAGGGGUGAACGGACUUUCGUCCUCCAACCCGAAAACUAUUUCGGCAAGCUCACGCUGCAGGACUUUUCCGGGUGAGGGCCUCGUCGUUUCCGCGGGCGCCCUCUACUGCGAACCGUGCGCCAAGCGCCUGGGGACUUGCCUCUCCACGAUCAGGGCCCAUUGUGGACUCCUGAAGGACGGUAGUCACAAGGCGGAACCCAACCAGCACAUGCAGAAGCUGGAGGUGCACUUGGCCGCAGAGUUCGAGGCGCCUAACAGGAAGACUCGCUUCACGCAGUACUGCAACAAGAGGCGGGCCGUAUACGGGAAGACCGUCGAUCCCGAGGUCAACGACAAGCGCUGCAAGUUCCGCUUCUGGUUCUGGUGCUUGCUCGGCCGCCUCACCUCCCAUGUGCCUCACCCCCCACCUGUGCUUCUGUUAUAUUCCAGCUAA